ACACACCGAGAAAGAAUACUUAGUAUAUUCGCAUGACCGUCAUCGACGAUAAGCUGCACUUUAAAGACUAUUGAUUCCGCCCAGUGACUUAAGAACUCUGUUUAGAAACCCAGACAGCUGAUUCCAUUCCACCGAGAUGGCAGGGAAUUACUAUUUUGCCAUAGUGGGGCACCACGACAACCCAAUCUUCGAGAUGGAGUACGCCCCUCCCAACAAACCAGCGGAGACCAAGAAGGACGACCACCGCCACCUGAACCAGUUUAUCGCCCAUGCGGCGCUGGACCUGGUGGAGGAACAGAUGUGGAUGACGAACAACAUGUACCUGAAGACAGUGGACAGGUUUAACGAGUGGUUCGUGUCGGCAUUCGUCACGGCUGGCGGGAUGCGCCUCAUCAUGCUGCACGACCAGAAAAAUGAAGACGGCAUCAAGAACUUCUUCCAGGACAUGUACGAGACUUACGCCAAACACGCCAUGAAUCCAUUCUACGAACCAAAUACGGUCAUCAAGUCACAGGCGUUUGAAAGAAAGGCACAGUUUUACGGCAAGAAGUACUUGACCGGAUGAUAGUGACCUCUGGUGCACUGACAUGACAGCAUCGGUUCAUAUAACAAUGUGACGUUAAUGUCAUUAUCAUAUUACAUAAAGCUAUGUGUGAAAUCGCACAGAUGAAUAUACUAGUAGUGUUUCGUUAUCUGUUUCAGUAGCAUGUACAUGGUGUUCUAAUGAGAUAUCAUAUCACCUUGUUUCUACUGGCACUGCAGUUUUAUUAGUAUUUUCAUGUGACAUGUAACGUUUAAUAGGUCGACCUGAAGCGCAACUGCGGUGAUGCAAUGCCCUAAUGUAGUAUUAAUGAUCAUUACAUCUCUGUAACGGUUAAUUACAUGAAAAAGUGACCUAAAGAAUUCAUUGUUCAUAUGGAAUUAUAUUUGGCUUCAUUGUAAUUACUACAUGCUGGUAUUUCAGUUUUGUCAAUGUUAGUAAACAACAGCUACACUAAAGAGGGUCUGCAUGUCUUUUUCUAUUAGACACGCUGACAAUCCCAGCAUGAUGAUGUGUAUUUAUGGAGGAAGGCAUAUGCACCUUCUGUUCGCAAACCAUAUACUGUACUGUACUGGUAUGAUCAGAGACAAUAAAAAGCUGAUGUUU